AUGUUCCACGCCUUCAUUUUAUAUCUUUGUUGUCCUUCCUAUCUUCAUUACUCUAUUGAUGUGGGACGUGAAUAAGAUCUUCUAAGACAUCUUUGAAUUGGGUAGGUAUUAAGUCAUCAAGUUUCGAAGUCUCCAUAGGUGACAAUGAAAUAUGUUGCUUAUAAUGUUCUGUGUAGUUGAUAUAGGAUCAUGGUUCCUCAUAUUGUAAGUAGUAGCAUCCCCUGAUAAAUCAUCAUAUCUUGCUGUGUGACUGUCUCUCUUUCCAGAAAAAUACUUGUCAUUCGGAAAAAAAUACUUUUGACCUUGGUGAGGCUAGGCCAUAUAAAAAUUAACAAUAACUGUUAAUUAAUAUGGGAAAAAUAUUAUGGAUGUUCCAACUUUGGAAUUAUUAUUGUAUUUAUAUGUUAUGAAAGAACCAUGUAAAACAGUUGUGCCAUCUCAAAAAGUACGACUAACCCACCGGUUGUUUAACCAUGGCUAAUUAUCAAUUUUGUUGUUUCAAUAAAGUAUAGGAACUCAGAGUUUUUUGCCUUGACUCUAGUAAAUCUGGUACAUUGGUUGUAUAUGUUAUGGCAUUAUGGUGAAGUUUCUAAACUGCUCAUAUAUCAUUCUGUGAAAGCUUAUUAUAUUCUGUGAGCUCAGUUCUUGCCUUCCGUCUUUGUGGCCUUUACUGAGCAGAAUUGCUCUACAUGAGGUGGAUUGUUGUAUAUAAAAUAAAAUUAGAAUCUUAGUUGAGGACUUGCAUUAUUGCAUAUCUUAUGCCUGAUGCAGUUAACUCUUUAAUUUUUUUAACCCUUUGAUAUUCUCAAGGUUAAGUCUUUAAAGGUGAUGCUUGUCUAUAUAAGUCGCCUAGAUACUUUAGGCUUUUGGAAUUUAUUUGGUUGUUGAAGACAAAAUAUGGGUGUAUAUCCUGAAGUUCUCAUGUUUGAAGAGUAAUUAAUAACUGCUUUGUUUAUUAUGCAGAGACUAGAGCAUUAGGUUGUCUCUUCAAAGACAUCUGAUAAAAUUGAACGAUAUAGAGAAGAUUAUAAUGGCCCCAACACAAGGAUGACCAGUGGUGGAGCCAUCUGGGGGGACAUGGGGAUAGAUGUCCCCCCAGUCGCCAGAAGGAACCCAGCUAGUCACCGAAACUGCCCGGAACGCCGACUCCGCCACCUUGUCAAAAUGAGUUCUUUUAUCAUCUAAACCCUCAGUUUUAGUUUCAUUUUCUUUAUAGCUAAUUGUACAAAACACUUUCUGCAGAACACUUUACGAAAUCUCUUUCCGGAAACCCGCGAAGAACAAACUAGUAGUUGUUUCCAGAUAUGGACAGCAAUCGAAGACAGAGCUUCGCUAGAUUGCUAAGUUUAUUUUGGAUUUUAUAGGAGAGCAGAGCGAGGAAGAAGAAGAGGUGGAGCAAGCAUGCAUACUGGAAACUAUUGAACAAGCUAAACGUCAUGUUUAAUGAAGCCACGGAGAACAAUUCUGCCUCAAGGUCCUUUGUGAAACCUCUCAUCGAAUUACAAUUUUCGACUGGUCGGGGGUAAAAUUCUGUACCCUUAGACCUCUGUAAAUCCUGCUAUUGACUUUACUUGCUUAUUAAUUGAUAUGAGUCUCAGAUAUUGGGUGCUUGAAUUUUUUUGACUUAAGACAUAUUAAAUAAUGCCUUGGAGACUGCUGCUGAGGUAUCACCUUAAAUUGUCUCUUACUCGUGUUUCUUUAUCAAAACUGCCUUCAACAUUCUUUUAGUUAUCAUCAAUUUCUGUUCUUAGUUCUUUUCAUUAUAGAGUUCAGCUGUUAAAAAACAAAUUUGCUUUGUUAAUCACUAGACUAAAGGGUUCAGGUGACGGAAAAUCAGUUGGAACUUGGAAGGUUAUAAUAAGAAGCUUGCACUUGGCUUGUUGGAAGCUCCUUUGAGAAGCUCCCUCUAAAAAUAAACGUAUGCCACUUAGUGCGGUGAGCACACGGUAUUCUUUAGUAAAAGGCGAAAGAAUAGUUCGCUCUGUGCUCGCCGCGAGGUUUCGUGGCAACAUUAGGAACAAACUUUGUAAUAUAUGUCUGAAUGUCCUAGCUUGGAUAUGCUUUCUGAAUGCUGACUGAUGUGGGGCUGUUCUGCCUUUCCACUACACCUCUAAUUCUCAAGGUUAGGUCUUUAAAGAUAAUGCUUGUCUAUAUAAGUCGCCUGGAUGCUUUGGGUGUAAAACCUAAAAUUCCCACAUUCAAAGAUUAAUAAACAACUUCUCUGUUUAUUAUGCAGAGACUAUAGCAUUAGGUUGUCUCUUCGGAGACAUCUGAUAAAAUUGGAACGAUACAGAGAAGAUUAGCAUGGCCCCUGCGCAAGGAUGACACGCACAAAUCGAGAAAUGGUCCAAAUUUUUUUGCCUUUUUCUUUUGCUAUAUCUCUCUUAAGUUAGCUUUUUAUCAAAGAUCCCUUUUAUCAUCAUUCAUAAAUACGUCCAUCUUAUAGCACCCUUAUGUUAAAAACACGGUAAAACUUGUCCCACUUAUGUACCUCAGUGUGUGUUUAAGCCCUUAACAUUUUAGUAUUUACUAGUAGAUUUUCUUGAAUUCUCAAAAUGUUCUUUGAGAUCUUAAUUCUGUAUCAGAUUUUCUUCUUCCUUAAAGUUCUCUUUAGGCACCCAUUUACUUGAAUUGUUAUGAGUGAGAUGACCCUAGCAUGCUCCGCUGGUCAUUAUGAGUUAAUUUCUACCCUGUUUUUUGCUAAAUGAAAUCGCUUCUUGCUUUAUGAGUGAUCAAUUCUAUUUUUUUGCUCUCCAAAUGGCGUAAGAGCAGUGUACGUUUUAGUGAAUUACACAAAUCAUGGAUGUGAAGUUUCUCAAGCGUGCUUGCCACUCAAACUUAAUUGUUCUGUAUACCGAAAAUUACAGCUGAACUUUUCAUGCUUAAAGUAGAUGCAACCUCUUUCUAAAAGCAACGCACAGGAGCUUGUCAUAAGGUAUAGAAAAUGUUAUCUCAAAAUGAUUAAAGUUGUUUCUCUGUUGAAUAAUCAUAUGUUUGUUUAAUGCCAACCAAAGAUGUCGUGGCCUAGUUCAGUUAAGUUUACUGUUUAAGCUUCUGAGCACGUCAAAUUUGACUAGGUUGAUCUGUUAUAGUCAGCUAGAAUGUGAUUGUGCUCCCUUUGGUAUUAUAUUUUUGAUUUAGAGUAUGUUAAUCAACCAAUGUUUCCUUUUCUUUCUUUACAUGUCUUUCGAUUUGAUGGCUAGUGUAACUGUGUAAUGCUUGACCUAGCAUGAGCGCAACAUCUGGUGAAUGCUGUUUUGUUAUGCACUUAUGCCAGAGAGUGUAACAUAUUGCCUCAGUAACAGGGUAGGUUACUGGAUCCUUGUUCAUGACUGUUGAGAAUUAUAGGGUGGAGAAGUGUGUUUGUAGAGAUUUUUCUUUGUGUUUGUAGAGAUUUUUCUUUUUCACAUGGAGAUUUUCCUAUUAUUCUUAAGAAGCCAUGAGAAAGUUUUAGCUGUUGCACUUUUUUCAGUUUUAGCUGUUUGCCAAAUGAAAUGCAAUGCCUUGUCAAAAGUCAUGCCUAAUAGUGAUCUUUUUCAUUGUUUAAAAAUCAAUAACGUGACAAAUGGCCUUAUGUUUAAGCCCUAUAAAAUUGUACUCUCUUUCACUACUCGUGUGGUUUAUCUAAUGUGUUUUACUUGAAGAAAGCAUCUUUAGUCUACUAGCCUGUUGUUUAUUUUUGAGUUAUCUAAAACGCAUCUGAAUAACUUCGAAUGAUAUUGAUGACAUAGAAACAUGGUUGUUGUGCUUGAUGCCACUGAAAAUUUUGUUUCCUCACUUUCUGCUUCUGCUUUACAUCAGGUUCUUUUCUGCUUAAUAUAAGGUUCUGUAAAUUGCAGAGAGUGAGACUAUUUUACUUCAAGUUCUGGUUUUGUUGAUCCCACAAUGAAAAGUGAAACAUGAGGCUCUAAUGACCUGGUAAUAAAAUACAAGCAUUUGUGAUACCUGUCAUACAAAUUACAAGUUUCUAACUGGUUGGGGGAAAGAGGAAUUGGAAACACCUUUGGGCCAUCAGGAUUGAGAAGUGGUCAAUAAACAGAUUUCGCCGGUUCUGUGGAUAGCAAGACUAAAAUCAUUUUUCUUGAAUGCCAUGGUUAGUGCUUACUUCAAUAGUUCAACGUGCAGUGUAGAAAACUCAUUUUGCUGUGUAUAAUUGUUCAUGUGCAAUUGUGUAUUUAAUGUUUGCUAGCUGCUGGUGUACUGAGAGUAAGGUUUAGUGGAAGGAUAGGAUGCUCUUCUCACUAAGAAGUAGAGCAUAGGAUUUGAUCUAUCCUAUUGACUUGCCUCUUCUCCUGUAAGUGGUCUAACCUCAUUUGUCAGACUCGUAAGUGGGACAAACUUCUGGGAUCUUCUGUCAGCAUAGACUAGUAACGAGUUCAUUAUUAUCAUUUUCUACUCGUAUUAUCUCAUAUGCAUGAAAUGCUCGACUGUUGCUUGACUAAGUUGUUUCUAACUCUUCCUUUUACAAAAAUGUUGACUACAGUCGUGAUACCUGUCAUAUAAUUACAAAUUUCCAACUGGUUGGAGGAAAGAGGUAAUUGUGUUUGCUCCUUGUGUUUUCCCAUGACUAUGUAAAAUUCAAUUGUUUUGGUUCCUUCGACUGAUGUCUACAUCAAAGAUCUGGAUAUUUGCUUUACCUUGCUCGCUUCUGCUAGUGCCGCAUAGGUGAAUUGUGUCAGUUUGACUAUAAUGUAAAGGUGGCUAAGCACUUCAACUUCAGUUUGAAAAUUUGGUACCCUUCUGUACCUUUUGGGUUUGCUUUACCAGAACUGUGUAACUCCAUGCCCUAUAGUGUUGUAGUUGAAGUUAAAUGGUGACUGCAAAUUUCAUUAGAGCUCCAUGUAAAGGUGAUAAUGAGAUAAUGAAAUAACCUAAGUUCCUCAACUUCCCUUGAAUAGUAAUCAUAUAUAUUUUGAUGCAUUCUACACCAAUAAUAUAAUAUGCAUUAGUGCCACAUAAAAUCUUGUGCAGUUCACGAUUCUCUUUAUAAAUCAUUUGUACCAGUAAUGGAUGCUCUUUGUAAUUACAUCAGAGAUAUAUGCUCCUUCCAUUUUUAUAAUAGAGGGCCUAUAACAUAUCCAUUAUUCUCUUUCCAUAAUUGAAGUUAUUGAAAUAUAAUUCAUUUUUUAGUGUCAUUUUCUGCUUUACCUUUAUAUUCUUCCCUUAUGCAAUGUUUUAAAUUGAUAUUCUAACUGUUUGACCUUUUUUCUUCAAAAGAAGGCUCUCUGAUUUUUGUAUUCUAGCCUUAAGUUUUAAUGUUUUAUAUAUUAUGAACUGUGAAGAGGAGGAAGCAUGGAAGAAUAGCCUAAUUUCUCUUUCCCUGCUUUCUCUAUUGCCAUAGUUCCCUUUCACUGCUUGUAUUCUCUUUAGGAACUCUGAAGUGUGUUUUCUUAGUAAAUCUGCCACUUUCAGUUUCAUUUUGCUCUCUGAAGUGUAUAAUAUGUUGUGACACAUGUGAUAUGAUCAUGACACACGUUAAAUGCUUUACACGGUUUUCAUCAGAUUCAUACUCUCCUUAAGUGCUAAGAUACCUCAGAGACUGCUGCAAUGGUAUCACAUAGACUAUAUCUUACUCAUGCUUAUUUACGGAAAGCUUAUUGUCAUGGCUCUGAGUUAGUGCCAGAAUAAAGUUAAGCUGGCAUUAUAGUUCAUUCGAAAAGCAAAUCAAAUUUACUUUUGUGAGGGGACAAAAUAAUCUGAAUUAUAAAAAAGCAUGCUUUAAACAUUCUUUUGUUUCAAUCAAGUGUAUUAUCUGAUCUUAAGUUCUUUUCAGCUACCAUUGGCAAGCAGGAGACGGAUGUCUUCUUUAGUUCUCCAACACGACAGAAAGAAAUUGGAUUAAUGGAAAGUCCUGCAGAAAUUCCCUCCUUGGUAAGUGGGACAUGGUAAGGCUUGAAAAGAAAUUUAUACUUGGAUUGAUGGAAGCUCCUAUAGGAACUCCCUCCAAAAAGAAACGUAUGCCACUGUAUGCAACGAGCACACGGUAUUCUUUAGUAAAAGGCGAAAGAAUAGUUCGCUCUGUGCUCAGUGCAUGGCUGCGUAAUGAGAUUAAAAUCAGGCUUUGUAAUUUAUGCAGCAAAUGCCUAGCAUGGAUAAACUGUCUCACUGAUGUGGGACUGUUUUUCCGUUCUUCAUCGGACCAAAAUAUCCCCGGAAACUAAUGGAAGGAGAGUGUGAGGCUCUUAGUUUCCCUUUUGGAUAUAGGAUAUCCAGGAAAGAGAAGGGGGGUGGUUCACUGGUUCUGCUGAGAGAUCUCUACGUCAUUUGUUGGUUGUAACCAGUAUACAUCGUGUUUUCUGCUGUAUAGGAAUUGGAAACACCUUUGGGCUAUCAGGAUCGAGAAGUUGUAAAUAAACAUAUUUCGCCAGUUAUGCGGAUAGCAUGAUUUUGUUAGUGUUAGUACAAUGUGCAGAAAAAAAUAACAUUAUGGAUUACAGAAUGUGUGACAAACUUAUAAAUCCAAGCACAAGUGCACAACAAUGCAAAAUCAUCAGUGAGAGAUACUCAAGGACAAAGUUACUGCGUCCUAUGUGAAAUUUAGAGCUAAAAAUUUGGCAAUAGAAUUGAUAGGGGUUGCGCGAACGCAGACCCCCACUAACACAAAUUAUGACGUACACUCUUCCACUUUGGGAAGAUGUUAGGUUGGCACCCCUCCUCAAGUGCAAUGGAGGCCACCUACCUAGGCCAUGAGCCUUCAUGAUCGCUCAUAGACCCCGUCCAGGUAAGUAUGUUUGCCUGUAUUCCACGCCUUCAUUUUAUAUCUUUGUUGUCCUUCUUAUCUUCAUUACUCUAUUGAUGUGGGACGUGAAUAAGAUCUUCUAAGACAUCUUUGGAUUGGGUAGGUAUUAAGUCAUCAAGUUUCGAAGUCUCCAGAGGUGUGACAAUGAAAUAUGUUGCUUAUAAAGUUCUGUGUAGCUGAUAUAGGAUCAUGGUUCCUCAUAUUGUAACUUUGUAAGUAGUAGCAUCCCCUGAUAAAUCAUCAUAUCUUGCUGUGUGACUGUGUCUUUCUUUCCGGAAAGUACUUUUCGUUCCGGGAAAAUACUUUUCAGCUUGGUGAGGUUAGGCCAUAUAAAUCAACAAUAAUUACCACCUUGAGCUGUUCCCUGUUAAUUAGUAUGAGAACAAUAUUAUGGGUGUUCCAACUUUGGAAUUAUUAUUGUAUCUUAUAUGUCAUGAAAGAACCAUGUAACACAGUUGUGCCAUCUCGAAAAAUAUGACUAACCCACAGGUUGUUCAUUGCUAUUUAUCAAGUUUGUUUAUUUCAAUAAAGAUUAGGAACUCGAGUUUCUUGCCUUGACUCUAGUAGAUCUAGUACAUUGGUUGUAUAUGUUGUGACAUUAUGCUUGAUUUUCUGAACUGCUCAUAUAUAUAUAUAUCAUUCUGUAAAAGCUUAUUAUAUUCUGUGAGCUCAGCUCUUGCCAUCCAUCUUUGUGGCCUUUACUGAUUAGAAUGGCUCCUGCACAAGGAUGACCAGUGGCGGAGCCAGCUGGGGAACAUGGGGAUAGAUGUCCCCCGGAAGGAACUCGGCUAGUCGCCGCCAGGAAUGCCGGCUCCGCCACCAUGUCAAAAUGAGUUCUUUUAUCAUCUAAACCCUCAGUUUUAAUUUCAUUUUCUUUAUACCUAAUUCUACAAAACACUUUCUGCAGAACAAUUUACAAAAUCCCUUUCCGGAAACCCGCAAAGAACAAACUAGUAGUUGUUUCCAGAUAUGGACAGCACUUGAAGACAGAGCUUUGCUAGAUUGCUAAGGAAAGCAGAGCAAGGAAGAAGAAGAGGUGGAGCUUUGCGUCAUAAUAGCAGUUUGUUGAAUCAGUGCGUUUUUUGUACAACACGCCACACGGAACCCAAACCGUGUGGCCACAUUAUGUAGUUCCUCCUGCUUCCCUGCGCCACUUCCUUCUCUCCUCAUUUCUGUCAUUUUCUAUCUCUUCCUGCCCCAAUUCCUCAUUUCUGCUAAAUUCCAUGAAGAAAAUCCAAAAGAAUUCCACAAAUCCUUCAAAAACACGCGAAUUUUCCUUCUCUUUUCCCCAAUUCCUCAUUAUGUUGCUCUUUUCUUUUCCUUCUCUCCUCAUUUCUGCAAAGCAUCAAUGUAUUUGCAGGCCACAAAUUUUCCACCUUCAUUUAUCUUUCUAAAAAAAACCCCAGAAAUUGUUUUUCUCUCUCCUCCUUCAUCAUUCUGCUACGAUGCAAGAAUUCUCGUCGACAGUUUCAAGCCAUAUACGCUUUCUUCUUCAGAACUUCAAUGGAUGUUUUUGAAUUUUUGAUUGUGGAAUUGAUUUCGUUGUGAUACUGUUAUUUGAUGAGGAAAACCUAGCUUUUUUCUAAUUGACUUUUAUUUUGCUCGGUGAAUUUUGUGUUUUUUAAGGAUUUGAUUUGUGUUUGUUAUCGCUGUGAAAUUGAGCCCAACAACAAGCUUCACAUGGCGCUCAAUCAUGUCUGCUAGACAUUUUAUGCGAAAUUUGAUCAACUUUAUGAUCAAAUUAACAAAAAAUUGAGAAGCUCACAGUGAAAGAAUUUCUUGGUGAUAGAUUAAUGGCGAGAAUUGAACCAGUCCAUGAAGAAGAAGGAUAGUUGCUGAGUUUUGAGGUGGAGGAGAGAGAAGGAAAUGGCAGGAAAAUGGAGUUAUCGCUGUGAAAUGAAGUGUAGCUUCCAUGGAAGUCGAUGUUUAACUUCUUUUUUUUUUUUUGUUGAUGAUUUUCUCUCUCCUCUGAAAAAGGUUAGUUUUAGAUAGUAAUGGAGUAAAGGAGAGAGAAGAUUUUAUCCAACUGAAGAAGAUGAAGAAAAUAGGAUUAUCUAAUGCUCUGUAAAAAUCUGAUGAGACUCACGAGUAAUUACUCUUUAUAAUUAUAAAAAGUAACCUCUACUUUAAGGUCUUAGUCAUAUAAAACAUGAGAGAGAAAGUUAGAGUGAGAAGGAGAGGGAGAAAGCGUAAAAAGCGAAAAAAGAAGCCCCGUAAGCUUUCGCCCGAAACCCUAGUUUUCACCCAAAAUCUCUGAAAAGUAUGUCCUUUAAUGGUUUUCUCUGCCAUUUCAGCGUAAUUCCUCACAGUUUUUCCUUCUUCUGUCGAAUCAGUGGUAGUAAGAGUGAAGCGUGUUGUGAAAUCUACCUAAUGGGGUUGAUUAAGGCUAUUAAAGUUGGGGUGAUUAAGUGUGGUAAUUCAUCUCUGCCCUAUUUCUAUAGGGUUAGUUCUCAAUUAAGGCUAUGGAUUAUAGCCUAUAAUGAUGAUAUCCAGGCUGGAUUUCAUUUUGCUUGUCUGAAUUGUGAUAAUCUAGGGUUUCGCUUGCGAAUUGGGGCUUUUAAUUGGGAGAGGGUUUUCAGUGCAUUUAUUGUUUGGCAGAGGAGUGGAGUGUUAAGUGUUAGUAGGGUGGCUCUUUUGGAGUUGUCAUUCAUUACUAUUGUUGGUUUUCUCUUUAAACUCUCCGUUUUUGGCGUGCUGUUCAUCAUGAUCUCAGAAUUUUGAUCCAGGGUGGCAAUCUAGCAUUUAUGGUGAUGGUAAGUUACAUUAGUAAGAUUAAUGUGAGAUUGUUUGAUUGUGCUAGUCCCGGUUUUACCUCCUAUAUAAAUACUGGUAAGGUUAGUAAGCUAAUCACAUUUUCUUCUCUUCUGUUUCUUUCUUUCUGGUAUUAUAACCAAAGUUUAAGUUUUCUCAUAAUCUCCUCUAUUAAAGUUCUUAUAUUUGUAAUGACUCUGAAUUUUAAGGCAGCAAUUCUAGAGCCAGGAGACUCUAAGAUAAAUGAGACCCAGUCUCAGGAAUCUUCUAGAGGCCCCGAGGUUCUUCCCUCUGUUAUUAAUGUCACUAACUCUCGUCUGGUUGAUUUUGAUGCACCUGAUCCUCCUUGUGAUGCUGCGUAUCCGGAGGCUGUUGUUGUAGAUGAGCUCGCUCAGGUUCAGGAGGACAUCAAGGAACUCUCAAAGUCCUGUCUAAUAGGUAAAAUGUUGGGUGAGCCCCUAGAUGUUCGUACUAUUAUUUCCAGAACUAAAUCUGAAUGGAAGUUUGUUAAGGGUGAUAUUGAUUUUCUUGAAAUGGGUAAUCAUUGGAUUUUAUUGAAAUUUGCUAAUCCUAAUGACCUAGCUCUGGUAUGGUCUGAGAGACCUUGGCAUGUCCAAGGUGAUCUUUUUGUUCUCCAAGCUUGGAGGCCUAAUUUUGAUCCCUUUCUUGAGGAGAUCAAGUGGGUGGAUCUUUGGGUCCGGAUACCUAGAUUCCCAACUGAACUUUUGAACUUUGAGUCUUUAGCUAAUUUAUUUGCUUCCAAUCAUGUGGGUGUGCUAGUUAAGUUGGACUCUAAUUCUCUAUUAAGGAAUAAAAUAAGGUUUGCUAGGGCUUGUAUAAGAGUGGAUAUUACUGAACCAUUGCUGGAGUUUGCUGAGUUAACUCGUGUGGGUGGUCAUAAAUGUGGUUAUGUGAUUUGGUAUGAGGAUUUCAGUGCUGGUUGUUCAUUUUGUGGUCUGGAAGAUCAUUCUAUUGAUGUUUGUUCACUUCUGCAUGCUCCCAAGAAAGAAAUAACAGUGUCACUUUUGAAAAGUCCUAAGCAAAAGCAUCUUGUUGAGGUCCUUUCUCUGGCUAAUAGGCAAGCUAACCUUGCUACCAGGGCUGUGGAAGCCAAUGUGGUGCAAGCGAAGCCUAAGUCAGUGUAUAGGCAUGCUAGAGCUUCUGCUCAUUCAAAAGUUGGUGGUUUUCAUUCUUCUGUUAACAAUUUUGUUAAGAAAAAAGAGGUUGGAAUUGUUAUUAAAGAAUCUGUCUCUAUGAAAAGGUCAUCUGUUAUUCCCACUGCUCAUGGUAAAGGGAAAGGUAAGGCUCUUGUUUAUGCUUCAGCUCCUCAUUAUGGUGAUGUCAGUGACUCUGAUGAUGACACUGAAAGUAUGGCUGUCCCUCCUAUGUUACCUUCCUCUGGUGCUUUUCAAGCAGCCCUAUUGGAUGUCUCCCCUCAGGAUGUUGGUGAGGGUGUAGGCUGUGAUUUUGCUCCAUCUAAUGGCACUGAUAUUGAGCUGUCUCCUAUCCCACUGCAAGUGGUCUAUCCAGGUGAGUUUUAUCAAGGUAAUCAGUUUGGUCCUUUGGUUCAGUUGGCUGAGCAGCAAUUUGGUGGUUACUCUAUCUUUGAGUCUGAUGUGGAUAAUGAUACCAUGAUAUUACAUGAUGAUGAUAAGAUCUGUGAGGCCUUUCCUGUGCAUCAUGAGUCCUCUUUUCAUUCUAUUGACUCAGCUAGCUCAAUUGUCAGACAUAUCAGUGCUUUAGGUGUUGAGCAGGAUCCUCCUAUGGAACCCACCUCUCUCUCUAGCGCUGCUAAGAGGAGGAAAGGUAACAGUGAGGAUGAUUCUGCCUCAUCAGUCUGAAGAGGGCCAAAUCCUGAAUGAUUCAUGUUAGCGGAUCAUUUGAUUUUGGGAUGUCAGGGUUCAGAAUUGUUUCUUAGUAGUUCUGGGUGCCUUAGUAGGGGCUGGUUGGUUCAAAGAGCAUUAGUGUUGCUCAGUUUUUUGUGGGUUAUUAAUAAUGUAGCUGUUAUAAUGCUAUGGGAAACUUUUUUUCGACAUCUUGCUAGAAGUAUGUGGUUAAGGAGAUCUAGUUUCUCAUAUUUUGUAUCCCUCCCCAGGCUUAUUUAUGCUGACAUCCAUUGUAAUUACUUUUGUUGUCUAUGUAUUUGGUGCUGGACUUUCCUAGUUAUCAAGAUUUCAUUUCUUAAGUUUGGACAAUUUGUUUUCUCUGAUUUAAGCAACUUAUGUAUAACUCAAGUUUCUAGCUUAAUGGCUACUGGUUUGCGUAAAGAUCAAAGGCACAGUAAUGGAUUUGAUGCAAGUUGUUUUAGUUUUUUAUUCUUCUA